UGUCGCCACCGUCACCGACUUCUUACCCCGUCAGCCUUCCAGUGCGACAGCGAGGCCGCUGCUCUCGUGGCUGGUCCGGCGUGUAGAGUGUGUGCGUGGAGAGAUGCCACUGCGCCUGGAAUGUGCACCAGCGUUCAACUACGCCCGCUCUCCGCACAAGACCCAGAUCAUAUUUGACAAUUCCAUCGCACACGCAGGCGACCCUUGCGCUCCUGGGUCGGACAUCAAGCCGCACAUGAAGGCGCUCUUUAGCUCGCCAGAGGCGGACAUGGAGCUCGAUCUGCGCUAUGUGACUGAGUCCUCGAUUGAGAACGUGCCCGAACCGGAGAUUGAGCUCGAACUGUUCGACCUCACGCGCAAGGGACACCUCGGAAUCAGCGUGCAGUCCGAGUUCACGCUUGUUGAAGGCCAGUCGGUGACGUUCAUCCUUCGCACGCCGCCGAAACAUGCGUAUCCCGAUGCGGUGAAGCCUAGCAAGGAGAAAGCGCGGCAACUUGGUGUCCCCUUCGAGAAGCUUGUUAUGACCGCUUCAGAUUUGCGCGCCUCUGACGAUCCUAUGCUGACCAAGAUACUGAUACAUGAGCUUUUUGAUGCUACCAAUUCGUAUUGGAUAGCUUGGAUCAACCGGUCGACAUACCAAGGUUCCUGGAAAGAGGCAGUCAACCGGAGCGCUUUGGCGUUGAAGCUCUUAAUCUAUGAGCCGACAGGUGCUGUUGUGGCCAGUCCGACGUUCAGUCUACCUGAAUAUAUUGGUGGAACUCGUAAUUGGGAUUACCGCGCGUCGUGGAUUCGAGACGCGUCUUUCACUCUUUAUGCUCUCAUCCGGCUGGGCUUCACCUAUGAAGCAAACGCAUAUAUGGAUUUCAUCUUCGAGCGUGUAAAGGACAAGAAUCCCGAUGGAUCGCUUCAGAUUAUGUACACAAUUCACGGUGGGAAGACGUUCCCUGAGGAGGAGCUUACUCACCUAGACGGUCAUAAAGGCUCGCGGCCUGUCCGCAUUGGCAACGGAGCUAUUGACCACGUUCAAUUAGAUAUCUACGGAGAACUAAUGGAUUGUAUCUACCUCGGCCAGAAGUACGGGAGACCACUCGGAUAUGAUAUGUGGGUAGCAGUACGGGAAUUGGUGGAUUACGUGGUUCAAGUCCGCAACGACAAGGACUUGUCAAUCAGGGAGGUCAGGGGCGAGAAGAAGCAUUUUGUGUAUUCCAAGGUCAUGAUGUGGGUUGCGAUAGAUCGAGGUCUACGGCUUGCGGACAAACGCUCCUUCCCAUGCCCUCGAAGGCUCGAAUGGCUCGCCGCUCGUGAUCAGCUCUACGAGGAUAUCAUGGUGAAGGGUUGGAACAAGGAGCUGCAGUUCUUUGGCCAGAGCUAUGAGCAAACCGACGUCCUGGACUCGUCGUUGCUCAUCAUGCCUCUCGUCUUCUUCUCUACUCCUUCGGAUCCUCGUUUCCUAGGCACACUCAGGAGGAUUUUGCUUACGCCUGAGCGGGGUGGACUAAUGUCCAAUGGCCUGGUGUAUCGAUACGACGUCGCAAAAGCUGACGAUGGUGUCGGCGGGGAAGAAGGAACAUUCUGUCUCUGCACUCUGUGGUGCAUCGAAGCGCUAGCGAGAGCAGGCGAGUAUGACAAACCGCUGCUGGCGAAGGCGGUCCGCAUGUUCGAGGACUUUUUGCAAUACACGAAUCACGUCGGGCUCUGCACAGAAGAGAUUUCACCCGCAGGCGACGGGCUCGGCAACGCUGUCCAAGGGUUCACUCACGUCACCCUGAUCUCUGCCGCGUACAACCUUUCGAGGAUGCUUGCCAUGAGAUAGGCUGUCAAAUGUGAGGCCGAAUCGCUGCGCAAGAAUGAUCAAAUAGACCUGGAAUGCGUGUAAUGAACUAAAGAUGUACUGCUGCGUGUACUGCAUGUAUAAUACUGCCGUAAAAUCUUGAGAAGCUAGC